CUCCCUGCCACGGAGCGCACAAAGCGCGCGGAGCCUCCUCAGGUCCCCCGGUGCUCCCGGCACGUGACCCAACAUCUGCUGCUGUCGGUAGCAACUCGCGAGAAAGCAAACAAACGCUGGGGACCCGGACCGGGCUGUCCGGGGUUCACACGCACCCGUAUACUCGCCUCGCGCACAGAGCAGCGCGCGCUCACGGCUGCGUUGUUUCUGGUGGGCUCCUCGACUCCUCUCACUCUGGAGUGAGGUGAACUCGGAUUGUGAGAGUGUGAGUGAGCGUAUUCUCCGAGCAUGCCGCUUUUCCACUGACCGGGGGGAGCACGGUAACCGCCACGGUGGAGGCGCGCGGCUCUCGGAUCGCCGCGCUCCUGCAGGGGCUGGGAUGCGCUCCCGGCACGUCCCGCUUCCUCCCGGGCUUCGGGGCUGAGCAGGAGUCCGCGGCCCCGGGGCGCCGGCCGAGGAGGUCGCAGUCCACGCGCAGCAGGAUGCCGGUGAUGAGGGGACUGCUGGCGCCCCAGAACACCUUCCUGGACACCAUCGCCACCCGCUUCGACGGCACCCACAGCAACUUCGUGCUGGGGAAUGCCCAGGUGCAGUCGCUGUACCCCAUUGUGUACUGCUCGGACGGCUUCUGCGAGCUGACGGGAUACGCCCGGGCCGAGCUGAUGCAGAAGAGCUGCGCGUGUCACUUCCUGUACGGCCCGGAGACCAGCGACCGCCUCACCGCUCAAAUCCAGAGCGCUCUGGACGAGAGGAGAGAGUUCAAGACUGAACUGGUCUUCUACAAGAAAGGAGGAACUCAGUUCUGGUGUCUGCUGGACAUUGUGCCCAUCAAGAACGAGAAGGGAGAGGUGGUGCUGUUUCUGGUGUCCCAUAAAGACAUAACAGAUAAUAAGAAGGACCAGGAUGAGCAGCAGUGCCCCGAGACAGAUGAGGAGACGGGACUGGAGGUCCACAAGGUCACGCGACCCCAGGGCUUCAACGCUAACCGGCGCCGGAGCCGAGCCGUGCUGUACCAGCUGUCCGGUCACCUGCAGAAACAAGACAAGAGCAAACUCAAGAUCAACAAUAAUAUGUUUGGUGAGAAGCCGCCCAUUCCAGAGUACAAAGUGGCCGCCAUUCAGAAAUCUCGCUUUAUCCUACUUCACUAUGGUACCUUCAAGGCUGGCUGGGAUUGGUUGAUUCUGCUAGCCACCUUCUACGUAGCCGUUACUGUACCCUAUAAUGUCUGUUUUACUGUGGUCGGGGGGCGGGACGAUGGAUCAACCCCCAGAAGCCCGCCGAGUGUCAGCGACAUCCUAGUGGAGAUUCUUUUUAUUCUAGACAUUUUGUUGAACUUCCGCACCACAUUUGUGAGCACGUCAGGCCAGGUGGUGUACGAUGCUCGCUCCAUCUGUGUGCACUACGUCACCACCUGGCUCUUCGUGGACCUGAUCGCUGCAUUGCCUUUUGACCUGCUCUACGCAUUCAACGUCAGUGUGUACUUUGGGGUUCAUCUAUUGAAGACGGUUCGGUUGUUAAGACUUCUUCGGCUGCUGCAGAAGCUCGAGCGAUACUCACAGUACAGCGCAGUGGUGCUCACCUUGCUCAUGUCCAUGUUCGCUCUUCUGGCUCAUUGGAUGGCUUGCGUCUGGUACUUCAUUGGCCGCCGUGAGAUUGAGAAUAAUAGUCCUGGAUCUUGGGACAUUGGUUGGCUUCAUGAGCUGGCGAAGCGUCUAGGAACUCCGUACUUCCUCUCGCCGCUGACGGCACUCCUGCCCGACUCUCUGCAGGCCAGCUUCCUGGAUGGACUGAGCGUUAACUCCACUCAGUGGAACUCCUCGAGUGCUGAAGCAGCUGUGCAGGAAACCGCGGUGAACUCCAGCCAGUGGAACGCGACAGGGGUGGGGCCGGCAGGCGGAGUCAGCACAGGGCAGGCGGGGUCAGUGCUGGGGGGCGGACCCUCGGUGAGAAGCUCCUACGUCACCUCGCUGUACUUCGCUCUAAGCAGCCUGACCAGCGUGGGCUUCGGCAACGUCUCGGCCAACACGGACUCGGAGAAGAUCUUCUCUAUCUGCACCAUGCUGAUCGGAGCACUGAUGCACGCUGUGGUCUUCGGUAAUGUAACGGCCAUCAUCCAGCGCAUGUACUCGCGUCGCUCGCUCUACCACACCCGCACCAAAGACCUGAAGGACUUCAUCCGCGUGCACCGGCUGCCCAAGGCCCUGGAGCAGCGCAUGCUGGAGUGCUUCCAGACCACGUGGUCCGUCAACAACGGCAUCGACGUCAGCGAGCUUCUGAAGGACUUCCCUGAUGAACUGCGGGCUGAUAUCGCGAUGCACCUGAAUAAGGAGCUGCUGCAGCUGCCUCUGUUUGAGUCAGCGAGUCGUGGAUGCCUCCGUUCACUCUCCCUCAUCAUUAAGACAUCCUUCUGCGCUCCUGGAGAGUUCCUCAUUCGCCAGGGGGAUGCCCUGCAGGCCAUCUACUUUGUCUGCUCCGGGUCCAUGGAGGUCCUCAAGGACAACACUGUACUGGCCAUACUGGGUAAAGGUGAUCUGAUUGGCUCGGACUCACUGACCAGGGAGCAGGUGAUUAAGACCAACGCUAACGUGAAGGCUCUUACCUACUGUGAUCUGCAGUACAUCAGCCUGAAGGGUCUGCGCGAGGUGCUGCGCCUUUACCCCGAGUACGCCCAGAAAUUCGUCAGUGAAAUCCAGCACGACCUCACCUACAACCUGCGUGAGGGCCACGGGGCGGACGUGGACUGGGAGAGUAACGGAGGCCUGGUGAAGAAGCUGCCCUCCAUCCGUGAGGAUGAGGAGAACGAUGAAGAGCAGCACACAGUGUCCCGUGCACCUCGCUCCCCCCUGCGUCUGACCAGGGGGCUCAACUCCCCACUGCGCUCCCCCCUGCUACCCCCUCGUCCGUUCAGACCACCCUCAGACCACAACCGUCCCGCCACCCUGCAGAUUCCCGUGGUCAGCUUCAGCAGCGCCCCUCCAGAGCUCAGCCCCAGGUUUGUGGAUGGCAUCGAGACAGAGAGCAAUUCUGGCUCGGCACAAAGGUUCGAGUUUAGCUCCAACCUACCUCACAGUGGCCCUCCGUCCCCAAUCCCAGUGAGCCCAGAGCAGGUGGAGACCAGGCAGAGCAUCAACAAACUGAGUGAAGAGAUGACCAGCCUAUCACAGCAGGUCUCCCAGCUAAGCAAGGAACUUCAGGAGAUGAGCCGCCUUCUGCGGCCACUCUUCCUGACCACCUCCCAACCUCUACUGACCACCCUUCCCCUCUCAAUGACUCCACCUCCCAGCAGCACCAGCGGACCAUCCAUCGCUUCUCCUGUGGCACCUCCUCCGCACCACCUAGCGCCGACCUGCUCCCCUCUCAGGCCUCCCUGCUCCCUCUUGGACAGCUCAGACUUGGGGGGCAUUGCAGGCCUUUCUAGCUGCCUCAUACCUACCAGCCCUCAAAAAACACAAGCCCAACCUCAGGCGCCCCUGGGGGUCAACUCUAAGGGCCCACCUCACGCCAGCCUGUCCCCCACAGACACUGUUCAACCCAACAGCCCUCUGAGCCCCAGCAACGGCCAACAGGCGCCUGACCGGCCGCCGCUGGCUUCUCGCACGCCCUCCCCCUCUCUCUCUUUCUCACUUUCCCUCUCCUCAUCCCGCUCCCAGUCCCCCUCUUUCUCGCCCUGCCAGGGACCGCACCCCUCUCGGCCCUCGCUGGCCCCACCCAAUUCCCAGGAAGUCCCUCUUUCACUCCAAAAAUCCCAUUGCUCAGCGCCAGCCUCCCUCAGUAGCUCUCCGGGCGGCCCCCUGUGGUUUCAGCAGACAUCAAGCCCUGUCUCCAGCCCCGUCCCCCCGCAGCUGGAGCUGGAGAUGCAGGAGUGGGAUGCUCAGGGUGGGCUGAGCUCGGCCGAGCAAAUCAGCUUCAUUGACGAGGAGGGACCGCCACUGUGAGAGCCAGUGAGGGAGACGUUGGAGGAAGGGAGGGACCAUAAGCAGAAGCUGGACUGCAGCACGACAAGAGAACCAGGCCAAGGUGGAGAGACAAAUGAACACGAGAAUAAGAUGCUUCAGAGGUUCAGUCCACCACGCAAAUAAAAAAAAGAAACAGGCUCUGGCCUUCGUGAGUGGUCCUGAGGGCAUCUCACCAUCUUUCAGCACCAGCCAACCCUGACCAUAUCAGCACAAAGAAGCCUGCACUUCUCUGUGAAAUUGCAAGGAGCAUGUAGAAGCUCUAGACAGCACGGUGCAUGGGAACAAGAAGAAACCCAGCAGAAUUUUUAAGAGAACUCGAACACACUGAACCUUGAACCUGUGAGGAGUUCCAUGGGGGUGCUGAUGGUCAGUGUGCAUCGUACAGUAGAUUACACACAAAUCUAGCAAACUUGAGCUCAGAAGAUGUGGCGUCUGUUCACAGUUUGCACUCUUCAGUACUGCCGAAAUGACGUUCUUGCUUCACGGCUUAAUGAAUGAUUCUGUUACAUUACACUAGGGGUGGGAACUUCAGUCCUGGAGGGCUGGAUUCUUGCACAGUUUUGUGUUUUUUCUGCUCAUGAAUUGCCUGGUUUAGGAGAUGUCUUAGAGUGGGAACGUCACCAAACACAGCAGGACUCUAGCCCUUGGUUCUUCUUCUUGUCUGAAUGACAACAACUCAUACGCGUUUUGUCCAAAAGUCUGUAGACACCACAGCAUUUACACCAGAGAUUCCUGUGUAACUCAGUAACUCAUUGAGCAGUAAUAGGAGUUCUGCCACAGUCAGUGGAAACAACAGGGCAUGGUCAUGGUUACUUGAAGUAGAUGUCCAGGAAUGCAAAAUCCAGAAGGGUGCAGGUUUGGUCUGACAUUUCUGGUCUACCAACAUCAGUAGGGGAACAGAAUACAUAUAGGAUAGUAGUUAAUACAUAAAAGUAGGUCAACAAGAACUUUUAUUACCUUUAUACAUCUGUGGACAGUUCCCCCAGGAAGGGAAUAAGUCAAGUCUUGGACUUCACCAGAUGUUGAGCUGAGAUUUUAAUUGGAAGGAAAAUAUAGCCUAUGACAUGGCUUAAUCCGUCUCUGGAAAACUGCACCGUAAUGCUCUUAAUGUCAAUAUUAAAACACAAUAAUAAACAGUAUUAUCAGGAAUACUAAUCAUGUAUUUUCUAAUAAACAUGUGCAGUAUUCCUAUAGUCGUAAUUAUUAAUUUUGCUCCUAGAGUAGGCUAGAGGAGUACAAAUCCUUCAGCAUUGGGCUAUAGAGCAGAGGAAUUGUUUAAAAAUAAUUUUCUGCCAGCCAGUACCCCUGGGUUACACUGAUCAAGCAUAAAAUUAUGACUACCUUUUUGGGCAAACUUCUGUUUCUGGACACUGAGUGGACACAGUGCUUAAAAACUCCAGCAGCACUGCUGUGUUUGACCCACUCAUACCAGCACAACACACACUAAAGCCCUAUCUGGACUGGAUUAGUUUCUCAGGGGGUCCUGGGGUAGUUUUCUCUUUUAUGAGGGGUGAUUUUAUUCCCGUUCGGAUUGACCAUGUAUGUCUUUUUCUUAGAUGUCCUUUGAGAAAAUUACAGGUUGAGUUUUUCGCUGAACUCUGUGGUGCUCCCACAGUGUCCCAUCUGGACGCACAUCUCUGAAUUUUGUCUCUUCGUGUUUAAUAAAAUAUCCAUGGAGAUUUUGUCUCCUCUGGUUUAAUAAAAUAUCCACGGAGAUGCACGUAAACACAACAGCGAGUGGAAAUGGAGGAGCUACUGAAAGCGAUGUCAUGUAACCGAGUUUUAUGACUGAGUAGAAGUGUAAAAUAUUUUUCACAGACGUCUCCCUGAGAAACGAAUCCCGUCUGGAUAGGGCUAAAGACAGGCUUUUUAGGAAAAUAUGUUGGUGUCUACAAACUUUUGGACAUUUCACAGAUCCAAGUUAAGCACAGGUAGUGCUUGUCUAUGACCGGUCCCCAUUCACGGCAUACUGAUUUGAAUGACCCCAAUCCCACAUGGUGAAGAUAUAUAUAUGCGAAUAACAGCUAAUUUAAUCCAUAUCAUAUUUUUUAUUUGUUUGUUGGUUUCUGUUUAUUUGUUUGAUUUGCAAUAUUUUGCAUGGUUUGAUUUACCUCAUGGUCCACUUCCCACUAAUUCUCCAUUUGCACAACAUGCUGAGGCUACUGAUUUGGUGCAAGAUGCAUGAGUAGCCUCUUUGUGUUAUACACUACAGUACACACUACACAUGAUACACAGUAGGGCUGGGCAUAACUGAUCAAAUUUAGCCUCACAAUAUUUAACAAAUGAUAUCAGAUAGUAUGUAUGCAUUCUCAGAGUAUCCCAAUCAGUAGUACAAGGUCCCCCAGAGAGAGGAACACUGAGAUGUGGAGAGGUAGAAUGGCAUUCCCUGCCAUCCAGUAUCUUUGGUAUGAGAUGCGUUGGCAGAACUGAUCAUCUAACCUUCUCACAAACCAUAAAUCCUCCCUAUUGUGAACCUUCACACAAGAGUAGAGACUGUUACUGUAGCAAAGGAGGACAAACUCCUAGCUAACACCUUUGCUUUUGGGAACAAAAUGUUAUAUGUGCCCAGGCCUUUUAUAUACAUAUAAAUAUAUAAAAAAUCAGCCAUAACAUUAAAACUACAUACCUGGUAUUGUGUAGGUCUCGCUUAUGCAGCAAAACAGCUAAGUAUGGACUCCACAAGGCUUCUGUAAAUCAAGUCAAAUAUAGUGAAAAUGUCAAAUAGAACAGGAAAAUGAGUCUUAAGAAUAAUGGGAGAUUAAUUGAAAGAACUAUAAGGCGCACCUAAAAUCCUUUAGGACAGUGCGCCUUAUAUAAUCCAGUGUGUAUGAAUUUUACCAGUCAGUUUGUAAGGAGCAGUAAAGCCACUCUGCUAAAGUACAGCUUUACACAGGAGUUUCAGUGAAGUUUCUGCAGCACCCGAGGCUAGAGCAGUAUUAGCACUAGCCGCUAAUUGCAAACAAAUGCUUUACUUACCCAAAAAAAACAGUUUUCAGGAGAGAUCUCUGUGUAGAUUAACAUACAAAAAUGUUUUUUUUCAACCAUUCAUUUUAAAUUUUUUUUAAGAAUUUAUAAACUUUAGCUUUAACCCUUCAAUUGCUGUCUAGUAUAUCCAACUCUUGACAGGAAUUCACUUUAAUCCUUGGUCAGUGGUUUUAAUCUUAUGGCUGAUGUAUACAUGUGAUGUAUAGCUAAAAUACACCUCUCAACCUCAUGAGGGGGCUACUGUACAUGGAAUAAUGGCCAAUAGCCUAAUGUGGUCCAAAAAACACAACAGGCAUCCUCCAGACAAUCACAGUUGACAGGGACCCAAAGCAGAGACACUAAAGCAUGCCAGCUACGAUUCACGCACUGCACCAGCCUGGCACCAGCCUGGCACGCCAAACAGACAGGGCAGACUGAAAACAGCUAGGCAGGAAGGCUCGCCAGAGAGUGCUGGGCUGCUGGGAGUUAAGCUUAAGCUUAGAAAGACCAGUGCCAUAUGGUGGGCAGCCCAACAGCGGACGGACGUAGUGGUGGAGAACAAGUCCUGAGUUGUAUGGGUGAACAAGACAACAAAGAACGCACAAACACACACACACAUAUACACACACACACACACAAAUACACACAGCUUUAGCCAUCCAGCCAUGUGUGCCUUUUCCUAUACCCAUCAAGCAUCUCCUAAACACCGCCCCGCUUUCGUUUUAUGUUUGAUAUCUCAUCUCACUUUAUGAAAGUCAUGCCAGCACUGCACUUUUAUUACACAGCAAUUAUUUAUCGGCCUAUUUAUUAUGUUUAUUUAUGAAUAGACCUGCUGGGAAGAGAGUUAAAGAGCCUUUAGAAGAAGAACGCUUGCAGGAGAACAUCUCCAAACUUUGUGCCAUCUGCCAAAAACAGGGAAACCACGGAAGCGACUUUCACACUUUCACAUACAGUAAACUAACUGCUCACAGUGGCGUAAGGUUAGACCGAAGGCCUCAGAUCUGAGGCUGCAGUAGCCGCCAUGUUCCCUGACGUCUUAUCCGUCGUACGCUGGGGGUCCAGACACCCAGCAUGGGCUUGCCAUCCGUUUUGUCCAUCUGUCCGAUAAGCCGGACUAGGGACAUGGCAUGACAUCCGCACCAACACAUUGGAGAACCCAUCAGAACCCUCGCUUCUAUUUUUCUUCCUUUAUCUAGGAACGGUGCGAGAGGUUGCAUACAACUGGCAGGGGUGUUAUAAGACGUCUUUUUUGGGGGGGCAGGGUCAGGGGGGGAGGGGGGUUCCUGCAUGUCCCAUCUUCUUUGCAUGAGGAAUGUGCCUGCAUACUGAACAUGGGUGGGUUGAAUGGAGGACGAGGAGGUGACUGGAAAUCCAGAGACGUAACAAAAUGUAUUUUGUUAUCUGUAAUGAACUUUAACAGAUGCUUACCAGAAUAAUAAACGAUGUUUUAUAAGAA